AUUCUGCUCCUGAAACCAAUAUUCCAUUGUAUGUUAACUAACUAAAAUUUAAAGUAAAAUUUGAAGAGAAAAAAAAAGUCAGAUGUUAGCAAACAAUAUAAAAUUAUUACCUUUUCGUUAGAUCUUCCCUGGAAAAGUUAUAUAAAAUUCUAAUCUCUCAUCCUCAUCACGACUCCUAUACCCCUUGUGUUCAUUCUGUUUUAUUUAACACUUGUAACCAUCUGUAAAUCUAUGUACUUUAAAUAUUUAUCAUGUUCAUUGUCUGUGUGAGCCCCCAUAGAUACUCACACAGUAGAAUUUAAGCCCUGUGAGGUGUUAUCUAACGUGUUUAUUGCUGAAUCUCCCAUGCCUGGUACAUAACAAUUGUUGAAUAUAUCAAUUGUUAAGUAAGUUCCUGCAAUUCCAGAGGUAGUAUUUCAUACAUGCCAUCAUGUGAAAAGGAAAAUCAUGCAUUUCCAAUAUGGAGCAAAGAGCUGUCAAACACUAUGCAUAUAUCUGUCAAUUACUCACUAUUCACCAAUUAUUUCAAUAAGGAAGAUUUUUUUUCAAUGUACUCUUAGUUAGGAUCUUGCAAACAGAAAAGAAGCAGAGGGCAAGGUCACUGGAGAGUAUCUUUCCUAGUUUGAGGAAGAACAAACUGACCAGUAGCAGCUUCCUCUUAGGAAUUUGGAGAGUAAAGGAUCACCUCGUGGGUGACAGUAGUUGUGAAGUAUAAUGGAGAAUAUACAUACACAUAGUAGGUUAUUUUUUAAUGUUUAUUUUAUUGAGAAAGAGAGAAAACAGGCACAUGAGCAGGGUAGGAGCAGAGAGAGAAGGGGACAGAGGAUCUGCUGCUGACAGCCCAAUGUAGGACUUGAACUCAAAAACCCUGAGAUCAUGACCUGAGCUAAAGUCAGAUGCUUAACCGACUGAGCCUCUCAGGAGCCCCUAUAUAUUAGUUUCUAAAAGAAGAAGUACUAUGGAAAAGUCAUCUGUGGAAGAGCAAGAUAUUCCUAGUGUGGAAAUAAAGCAUGUGUGAAAGCUAAGUUGGGACAUCUAAUUAGGAAAAAUGUAAAAUCCCAGCUAUAAUAGAGAACGUGUUAUGAGAAGUAAUGGGAGAUAUAUUUGGAUAGUUGGCUAGUGCUAAGUAGAUUACUGAGUAUAUGGUGGCAGGAUAGAAUAACAAUUAAGGAGUUCUUGGAUUUUGUAUCAAGAGGAGUAUAAUAAUGAAAUUUGGGCUUGAGGAAAUGUAACCUGGCACAAUCAGACAAGUUACAGUGGAAUAAGGCAGAAACUAGAAUCAGGAAACCUAAGUAAAAAGUGGUUGUAAUAAUCAGAACUGAAGUGACUGAGAAAUAAGAUGAAGGAAGGAAGUAGUAGAAAUGUUACAUUAAAGAGACAGUAAAAAACAUCUUAAACAAGAUCAGAAUUCAGGACAGGAAGUAGCCCCUUAGGAAAUAAUUAUGAAUCUCACCUUUGUCAGUUAAGCUUUUAUCAUUUUUUAUUUCCAAUAAUCAUUAUAUAUAAUCAUGUUCUAAUAGAAAAAAAGAACAUAUAGAAUAAUUAAAGGUAAAAGUCAUUUCCAAUGAAUAAAAAUACCUACUUGUAUUACCUCGGAAGACAUAAGAGCUGCUUAAUGCUGGUAUUGUAAACUUAUUGUACUGCAUGAAUGCACUAACUUGAAACAGUAAGUUUUGUCCUAUUCCCUCAAGAUCACAAGACUCCUCUCAGGAAGUCCCCAAAGAUGUGAACUCUCUGUUGGAGAUACCAUGCAUAGAGCUCCCAGAAGUGCACAUUUGAGUACCAUUAGCAAAGGAGAGAUGGUUUGCCUCAAAUUUCAUGGGAGUAUACAAGGAUAAAGGUCAUUGCUAAGGCAGCCAGGACUCAAACCACCCAGGGACUCAAAGCCUGAAGUCAACACCUCCAAUAACAUGUGGAAACAAAAUAAGGAAUAAUACAGAUUUGUAUUUACAAUUGUAUUCACAACUUCCAGAAGGAGCUGAGCCACUGAAGUCAGCCACAUAUCACAUUCUCAAAGGAACUCCAGCUUGAAGCCCAGGUAAUACUGGCAAAAGAGACAUCUACAGAAACAUUGUUUGAAAUCUCAUCAUGAAAAGCAGGUGGGGGAUAAUUGCAUGUCAUCCCAAGCUAGAUGUUGAAUUAUAAAUGUAAAAUAGUGAUUACUCAGCCUUUUUAAAGACUCAUAUCCUCUUCUGAAGAUUACACAGAGAUCAUGACCAAAAAUACCAAAAAAAAUGAUUCACCCCCUACAAGCUUGUGAUAUUUCAGGGAGCUUUUAGAGCUGAGGACUCUCUCUGUACUUUACCUCAAGUCAAUUUUCUUUUUCACAACCUGGUUCCAAAAGAAGAUAUUCCCAGUCAGGUUGAUGCUGUGAUACAAAAAAAUCAAAAAGCAACAAGGUUCUUAGAAGUCAUUCUCAAUGAUUAUUCUAAAAGACCAUGAUAUUUCAAUACAAUGUCUCUCGCUUCCGGGGUGUGUGGGUAUACGUACACAGAGCAAUCUCUCUCUUUCAGCUGACUAAUACAUAGAACUCUAACAUUAUAGUGUGUUGGAUAGCUUUAGGUUUGUUUUCAAGAACAAAAUUUCUAGCCGCAUUUUUUCUCUGAAUAAAAAGCAUCUCAUUUAGUUACCUUUUCCCAUUGUCAACUUUUAUCAAUUUUCUCUCACUAUGAGAUGAAGUUUAACCACCGAAAGGGAGUAUACUAAUGUUAUUUUUAAGGCUUAGAAAAAAAAGGUAAAUGUGCUAACAGUUGUAAUUGUAUAUACGGACACUAUUUCAGACCAAAAGUGAGCUUUUUCAUUCAUUUUUUUUGAGACACUCUAAAAUUUCUAAGGUGUUGAGAUAGACCCACAUUGAACCUCGAAAAGGAGCCCUAAUCAUACAGUCACCUUAGCAGAGUGAAAGAAAUAGAAAGGACUCCAGGCCUCAAUUCGUUAGCAAGAAAUAAUUUUUGAUCAUUUCCUAUGGCUAACACUCUGCCAAAUACUGUGGAAUACAUCAAAGCUUGUAAACUCUUGUCCCCACUCUAGUGGAAUUCGCUAUUUUAUUUUCAACAUUUUCUCAGGUCCAGAAAGCGAUAAUCCGAAGUGCAACAACAGGGCUAAUAGCUGUAUUAACAACCCCAGCUCAUUAGUGAAGAUGUUUCCCAGGUCCCCAGGGGAGAAGACAGAGAAAGGAACCUUUCUCUUCUCCCGGACUCUCCCGAGCCUGCCUCCCCUAAAUAUAGACACGCCUUGAAUUUUAUAUCAAGCUUGUUUUAGUCACUGAUGAAAAAUUUACAUAAUAAUCUCAACGUUAACGACUAAACAUUCUGGGUUACAGAAAAGUAGAUGUUUAUCAUUUCAUACAGUGCAGAAAGUUGUAUACAGUCCUGAAAGAGCUGCUCAGUUUAAGUUAAUAACCUAGAUAAUCUUAGUAAAAUGUACACUUUUUCAAACCCAGGUGUGUCCCCACCAAAAAGUUGUGGGGUAUGUAUACUUAAAUGCAAAUUAUAUGAUCUUAGUUCAUAAUUGUUAUAAAACAUACAAGAAUCUUGUGUAUUCAAGGUACUAAAUGUAUUUGAUUUUGAUAUAAAAACAAUAGGCAAAAACAAAUUUAUUUUAAUAUUUGUUAUUUUGUAUUGCUGUCAGAGUGAAUUCUGUGUUCACUGGUGAGUAUAAGUAAACUAAGGGGUGCAAAUCUUGUUCCUUUGGGGCAGGCUCUUUGCAUUGUAAAAGCAAUACCACAUGAUUUGCACAAACCCUUGCAUACCUACCUUUCCAAAUCUUUAUACUAUCAUAACAUGGCUGUGGAGAGAUGAAAGCCAUGAGUUUUGACUAUGCUUAUGUACCUUCAGCCUGAUAUUUUAUGUGAAAAAGUAAACAAAUGAGGAGUAUGUAUGUAAUUUGGAAGCCUAAAAUUUCCUUGUUUUAUGAAUAUGCAAAACGCCACCUGUUCAAACUUUGCACAAGAACUCGAAAGAAGACUAGCGCUGACGUGUUGAUGGAUUGACUGUCUUCUACCAUUUCCUGGUUAGGGCACAUUCACAAAUCCCAAAGUAUUCAUGGAAAGAUUUGCCUGCUGUCACAGGGGGCCAACUCUAUUUAUAAUGUAGAUAGAUAGAUAGAUAGAUAGAUAGAUAGAUAGAUAGAUAGACAGACAGACAUUGCUGUUAAAACCAAUUAGUUAUGAGGGUGGUGAUUAAAGUUACUUCACAUCCUCAAAAAAAAAAAAAAAACAAAAAACAAACAAUUAGUCUCUCUUCCUGUCUCUGUCUAUCUGUCUCUCUCUCUCUCUCUCUCUCUCUCUCUCUCUCUUUCUCUCUCUCUCUCUCUCUAUAUAUAUAUACACACACACGCACACACACUACCUAACAAGUGCUUUAUGCUUCAUAUAAAUAAAAAGUUGUACAACAUAAUCUAAUCUUUGUCCCCAACCUUGCAGAUCUCAAGUGCAUGACAUUUAGUGGGGUAGUUAAAAGGCAUGGAACGUAUUUAGAUGUAUGUACUGUUUUUACUUUUCAGGAAGAACCAAAUUGCCUACUGUUUCAAAGAACAUUGUUUUUUAUUUCCUUGGUACCAAAUCAAUAAACGUCUUUCCAGCACAACAGCUGUUGCUUAAUGGCCCCAAAGACUUAAUGUGCUGCCUAAAUUGAACACAGUUCAGUGUCUACACCAAGUGGGCCCUCAAGUAAUGUUGAUGGAUUGGUUUUCUCACAAGCAGUAAAAGCUCCUUUUAUAGAGAUGGAUUCAAUGAGGUUAAAAUCAAUAAUUUAAGAGCAACGUGUGUUGAAUUCUAUGUGGCAAUACAACAGUCUGUAUAAAUAUAAGAACUACAUUUAGAAUUGUAAUUUAAAUUAAAAAAAGGAUGUCUUCUAGUUAAUACUAGAAGAUUCCCAACAAUUUUGAGUGAUAAUCUAAGCAUACAAGAGUAUAAAUUUGGAUGAUUCAGUAUAAAUAUUCGGAGAGUGAUAUUGGAAUGAUUAUCUAGAAUUUGAAGACUCAAAUAUAUGAAGAUACACGCUUGUUGGUUAGUAAUAAUAACUUUAAAUCACAGUAAUAAAUAUUGCCUGUUAGUGAGAAACAUCCACUUGAACUGUUCACUGCACACUAACUUUAGUGUAUAGAUUUCGACCAUGUUCUACAUUAUUAUACACUAUUCUUUAAGGAAGAUGACCAAGUUUUUGAAGAUGUGCCAUAAGUGGUCAUUUAAUUUGAAAGCAUAAUGAAUUUCCUCCUCUGCUUCCAGCUGUACAACCAUAGCAAUGUAUGGGUUUACCCUUAGAUCAGGUGAUAGUUCAUAAAGUAUCUCCUUAGUCAAAGCGGAAUCUCAGAGAGUGAGGGGAUGGGCUGUUAGGAGCCUCAGCAGAACACUCCUUCUGCAGCCUCUGUCCAAGCCAGAGCUGUGCUGUCCAUUUGAAAAAGUUUGGGCAAAUAAACUACCCAAAUGGGAAGUGGAAUUAGUUCAGAGAGCAAGGAGUCAGCCAAAAGAUCAAAAGAACUGGAGAAAAAGCUUCAAGAAGAUGCGGAGCGAGAUGCAAGAACUGUAAAGUUGCUGUUAUUAGGAGCAGGAGAAUCUGGAAAAAGUACAAUUGUUAAACAAAUGAAGAUCAUCCAUAAGAACGGUUACAGUGAGCAAGAAUGCAUGGAGUUCAAAGCAGUCAUUUACAGUAACAUAUUGCAAUCCAUCCUAGCUAUUGUGAAAGCCAUGACUACCCUUGGGAUUGAUUAUGUGAAUCCCAGAAGUGCAGAAGACCAACGACAACUUUGUGUGAUGGCGAACACUCUGCAAGAUGGUGGCAUGACACCUGAACUGGCUGAGGUGAUAAAAAGACUCUGGAGAGACCCAGGACUUCAGACCUGCUUUGAAAGGGCAUCUGAAUAUCACCUCAAUGACUCAGCAGCUUACUACCUUAAUGAUGUAGAUAGAAUCACAGCUCCUGGAUAUGUCCCAAAUGAGCAAGAUGUUCUACAUUCUCGAGUGAAAACAACUGGAAUCAUUGAAACUCAAUUCUCCUUCAAAGAUUUGCAUUUCAGAAUGUUCGACGUAGGAGGACAGAGAUCUGAGAGAAAGAAAUGGAUUCAUUGCUUUGAAGGCGUUACAUGCAUUAUAUUUUGUGCUGCGCUCAGUGCCUAUGACAUGGUCCUAGUGGAAGAUGAGGAAGUGAACAGAAUGCAUGAAAGCCUUCACCUAUUCAACAGUAUCUGUAAUCACAAGUACUUUGCAACCACCUCCAUUGUCCUGUUUCUCAAUAAAAAGGAUCUCUUUCAAGAAAAAGUAACCAAAGUGCAUCUUAGUAUCUGCUUUCCAGAAUACACUGGACCAAAUACAUUUGAAGAUGCAGGGAACUACAUCAAAAACCAGUUUCUAGACCUGAAUUUAAAAAAAGAAGAUAAGGAAAUUUAUUCCCACAUGACCUGUGCUACAGAUACCCAAAAUGUCAAGUUCGUGUUUGAUGCGGUUACAGAUAUAAUUAUCAAAGAGAAUCUAAAAGACUGUGGGCUUUUCUAAUCAGCCCUUUUUUCUUCCACUCUUGUUCUUGUACACUUUUCAAGAUGUAAAAGGAAAGGUGCUGUGUGAUGUGUUUAGUUUUAAUAAUAUUAACUUAUCUAGAAAUAUAACUAGUGUUAUAAAACAACAAUUUUUCAUAUAAAAAUUUUAACAUAUUGUCAGCUCUCUCUGGAUGUUUCAAUUUCUUUGGCACAGUGAGGAUGGGGGUGUCUUUGAUGUCUGAUGUCCUUAGGUCUGAAAAUAUACAUUUUGGUAAAGCUCUAUCAGUACAUAUCACUGACACUGAAUUUUCUUGGUAGUACAUUUCUGUAUUGUGGUCUAUUUUUAAUUAUAGAACAAUGAAAAAAUGCAAAGUAUCCCAUAUUAUUUUCAUUGGCUAGAAUUUGAGAGGCAUUUGUUUUCACUGAUAUGUAAUUGUGCCUGUACUAUAAGGAGUAUUUAUUAUUGGCCCAUUACUCCUAUUCAGUAAGCUGCUAAUGAAAUGUUCACUCUACAUGUACUUGUUGAUAGGAAAUUUUAUAUGCAAAAGAAAUGCACGUAAUUUUAUCUGCCAUGUUUUCCUUUGAAAAAAGUGAUUAAUGCUGAAUUUUACCUUAGAAUUGGAGAUUUUAACACAAUAUCAUUUUGUAUCAGCCUAGUUAAAAAUGGGACCGUGUAUGGUCAAAUAUAUAGCAUAAGGCUGUUCAGGUUGAACAACAGUCCUUAAUGGAGUACUUAUUCUCACAUUUUGCUCCAGAGUGGCAUGGAGCAUUAUUACACUUGAUGGUUUAGGAACAACAAUUUUAAGCCACAGAGAGGAAAAUAAUUCAGUUUCUUAACACUAGUAUGUUUUGCUUUUAUGAAUAAGAAGUAGGAAGUAAGAGUGAGUAAUUAGGAGAUUUUGUGGAAGAGAAACAUUGAGCUUUUCAGUACUGUAAGGUCCAUUCUAAAUGCUAUACAGUAUGCUAAUGGUCAAGCCUGUUUUCUUAAAACCUAAUCUGGUGCCUUACAAACCAAAUCACAUGAUUUGCAAAAAAAGAUGACUUCUUCCUUUCUUGAAGUGUGUAACAUUUAUAACAUAUACUUUUCAAGCAGGUCUUAAUACUGUUUGCCUUCUACCAUGGGAAAAAGAUGAUACAUAGGUCAGAAUAGUAGGUCAAUGCAUGAGAUUUCUAACUACCCUGAAAAGAGAGCUAUUAGGUUUUUACAAGCUAGAUGAGGAAAAGGUAAAUUAACCCAUUUGCCAAUCUGAUGAAUUCAGGUAGUUUUGUCUCAAUGUCACUUCUUCACGGUUCUGUAACAUUUCCAUUCUAAACACUUAAGAAUUAUCACUAUUCCAUAAGUAGCCUUGACUGGAGUGUCUGUGGCUUUAUUUUCAAAACCAUAAAGGAGUUUUCAACAAAUACAUUCCUACAAAAAUUUCAUAGUAAGAAAAAUUAAUUGGAAAUUUCUUUGCAGAAUAUAAAUUUUUAAGGAGCCUAAGAUAGCAAGGACAAAAAAAAAGAGCAAACAUUUAGCAUGAGAAUUUAAUAAAUUUUUCUGGCUGAACCAAUAUCUAUAUGACUAAAACCAAUAAUGUGCUAGGAGAUAUUCAAUGUUAAGAGAUUUUACAUUAAGAUUGCAAAUGCUAUCAUUUCAUCUAUUGCUUUAUCUUUUUAUUUUCUCCCAUUCUCCUUUAGCCUGCUUUUCUCUACCAGUGUGAAGACAAUUUCCAGUAAAUGAGCAAGAUGUUUUGUGAAAUGUUACUAUUAUUAUUUGGAUUUUGACUCUGUCUUAUCCUUAGGAUUUCUCUUUUUGGUGUAAAGCAUGGGGUCAGAAAUGGUUCAUUUUAUCUUUUACAAAUACAUAACUCAUUUCAAUCUGUGCAAAAAAAAAAUGACAAGUAGAAAUGUUGUAAAAUACCAUUCUGUGAGAAAUUUUAAAAAUAUGUUAAAUGACCGAACUAAAAUUAGAGGUCAGUUUGGAUUAUGGGAGGGGGGGGAACCCUUAAAUUCCUUCCUACCCUAUGCUUGAAAUUUUAAAAAUUUCUUCACAAUCACAAAUUGUUGUUAUCCUAAACAAUGCAUUUUCAUUAAAAAGAGAAAUUUUUAGUAGAGAAAAUAGAUGUUUGCAUUAUUUCUUAAAUGAUCACCCUCCUUAAAAUUGAGUCUAUUUGUGAUUUUACUUUUUAAGUUUUUAAUUAAAAAGGUUGGCAUAGAAGCACAGUAUUUUGAACUAAUUAGAGUAACAAAUGGAAAAUCUGGGAAAUCUGGAAAAAUCUUCUGGCUUUACCCAGAAGAAACUUGUACUGAGACCAGCAAUGUUAAAGUUGGUUAGAAUUCAAUAUUCCAACUGCCCAGUUAGUGUUGUUGCUUUGCUAGUGUCUCAAAGAGGCAGUCUUAGCCUUUGUCAAAGUUCAAAUGUUAUUAUACUGAUAUUUUCCUUUUCUGUUUUUGAGGUCUCUCUUCCUCACUCAGAAUGUUCUCAAAUCCUCAUGCCUUAGAUUUGUAACACUCCCAACUCUUUCACUUCUAAAAUGUGCCCAACUGUGGACACACUACAGUACCUCAGAGAUCUGGGGCAGGCUUCCAUCUAAUGGGGUCACCAUAAUUAAUCCUUGCAGAGUUUUUCCAGAAGCGUGAACUGGUGAACAGAUAAGUCUUUGCACCUUGGGACUAGUGACUACAGAGUUAAUUCAAGAAGAGUAUUAAUUGGUAAUACCUUUGAAUCAAAUAUUAAAGUUGGUGACUCUAAAAAGAAGCUCUAUAGAAAAGGGUUUUCAAAUUCUAGGAAAUCUACCACAUACAUUAUAGAUAUCCCAUAUCCUAUUGAUUAACAGAAUUUAUAAACCAACACCAAUCUUCAAGUGUAUCCUACAAAUUGGCAAACUAAUUCUUCAGGCUGUGGGCCUGUCCUAACACGGGUUUUUUUUUGUUUUUGUUUUUGUUUUUUUUUUUUUACUUGAUCCAUUAUCUUAUUUAAUCACGAAAUAUAUUUUCAAAUAUUUGCACAGAAUCAUUCAGGCUUGACUUAGUCAAACAAUAUGUGAGGAAAAAUAAAUUUUGUGUGUGGACAUAGGUUUUUCCUCUGUGACAACACUUCAGAAUCAGCAGUGGAUGAGCUGGUUAACAUGAGUCAACUACUAAAAAUAAGAUAUUUGUAAGAACUAUAGGAGCAACUGUGAAUCCUCUCACUUAGAAUAACUUUAAAAAUAGGAGAGGCGACCCUCCAUCUAGUCGCAGUAAGUAUUCAAUUAAUUGAUAAUCUAACCAGCUGGGGCCUUCUUUCUUUUUAGGCCUUUCCUGACAAUCUUACCUACUAGUCUCCAGCCACAUGGGGGCACACUAACAUCAUGUGUUUUUCUACCCAAAUGUUGCACAAAUAAUAAAUUUAGAUGGCCAACAGCUUGAAUGAGACAGAUAAUAAAAUCCUACUAAGAAAUAUAACUCUGUUGUGCUUCCCAGGUCAGUAGGAUCUGAUCAUCUUCUGAUAAUCAUAAUGUGCACUAUUUGAACCAAAUCUGUGAAUAACAAAUCUAUCGAAAUAGGUCCAAAUUUGUUUCGUGAUAUACAGAUACUUAGUCUUUUCUCAUGCUCUAAUUUCUUUUUUUUUUUUUGACAUUUUGAACCUCUUGUUUAAAUCUAAGUUAUCAUUAGUUUUGUAGUGUGGUUUUCCAUAUUGUUUCUAAAAUAUUGUGUCUAAAAUCUUGAUUAGCUUACAGAGAAAUGUAGGAGAAAAAUAAUUUGAUGUUUAACCACUAGGUUUCAUGAAUAGUAAUUAAAUGGCUGCUUAUUAAUGUGUUUCUUUUCAAUAAAUCAAAGUAAAAUUCCACCCGGCUAUCACA